AUGUCCUUCGCAAGAUCCUUAGCGCGCCGGGUGGUGACGUCGCCCUUCUUCGUCUAUGCGGUGACGUUUGUCAUUGUCUUCAACUUGGUGAUUUUGGGCAUCGAAGUGGACGUCUCGGCCACCUUGGGUCAAAACGAUAUACCCAGCUGGUUUACUGUUUGCAACGGUGUGGUGGUGGCACUCUUCACAGCAGAGCUGUUACUGAAUCUCUACGCGCAAGGUUGUCGCAGCUUCUUCUGUGGUCGUGAGCGUUGGUGGAAUCUCUUUGACCUUCUGAUCAUCGUUCUGUCCUUGCUGGAAUCUGCCCUGGACCUAUGGGUGGCUGCGGCCAACUCGGCCGGCCAGUCGCAGCCUGUGUCGCCCUCGCACCUUCGCUUCGCGCGGAGCGUGCGCCUCGCCCGCGCCCUGCGCGGCAUCCGAGUGAUGCGGCUGCUGCGGUACGUGAGUCCCUUGAGAAUUUUGGUGCUGUCCAUCAUGAGUGGCCUGGAAAUCCGAUUGGCGAGUAGUAUGGCCUCCCUGAUGUGGACCCUGGUCUUGUUGCUAUUGCUCUUCUACUCGUUUGGGGUCCUCUUCACUCAGCUGGUCACGGAUGAAUGUCGCAUCCAGGCCGUCCUGCUAACGGAAGACGUCAACUCCAUUCCAAAGUGUAGCAACGAGUACGCGACCCUAUUCAUGGCGAUCACCGGAGGCAUGGAUUGGCAGGACUCGAUGAGGAAAGAUAUCUCCAUUUUGGCCGUUCUUUGUUUGGUGAUGAUCCUUGGCCGAGUCAUCCAGUUGGCCUCUCAACCCAAGGCUAUGGAAACCACUUCUGCUGACAAAGAUCUUGCAGUGAUGAAGCAGUUGCAAAAGUAUAACGCCCAAGUGGAGGACCUUCGCUCCCUCUUCACCGAGAUCAGCGGCGGAGAGCAUCACGAAGUGAGCAUCGAGCAGCUGAGAACGGCCAUGACCAUCCCCAGAUUCAGGGCUUUCCUUCAGGAACUUGGCAUUGACGGGGGUGAAGUAGGUGUCCUCUUCAAAUUGUUGGAUGCAGAUGCAAAUGGCUUGGUGGAGCGUGAUGAAUUCGUGAAGGGAUGCAUGAAUUUGAUUGGCACUGCCAAAAGCCUACACUUGGCGCGCAUGAGCUAUGAGAACAAAGUGCAUCUUGGCAGCGAUUCGAGAUGGCAACUCUGA